UUGUGUUGACAGGAGCGGCGGCAGGAGUUGUCAGCGGAGCAGUAGCAAGCUUCAUCGAACCCGAAUGGAGUAAUCACAAAGCUAACAGGCGUCUCUUUUUUUAAUUCAGAAGCUCUGUUUAUACCAUUUAGACCACGACCAUGGCAGAUGACCAGUCCUCUCAGCCCUGGUCCAUCGACAAGGAUGACUAUGAACUCAAUGAGGUGAUAGGAAGUGGAGCCACUGCAGUUGUCCAGGCAGCUUACUGCAAGCCGAGAAAGGAGAAGGUGGCCAUCAAACGCAUCAACCUGGAAAAGUGUCAGACUAGCAUGGAUGAGCUUCUGAAAGAGAUUCAGGCUAUGAGCCAGUGCCACCAUCCAAACAUCGUGUCUUAUUAUACCUCCUUUGUGGUGAAGGAUGAGCUGUGGCUGGUGAUGAAGCUGCUCAGUGGUGGCUCGGUGCUGGACAUCAUCAAGCACAUCAUCUCUCGCGGUGAGCAUAAGACCGGUGUGUUGGAUGAGGCCUGUAUCGCCACCAUUCUGAAAGAAGUCUUGGAGGGGCUCGAGUACCUCCACAAAAACGGGCAGAUUCAUCGUGAUCUAAAGGCUGGAAAUAUUCUUCUCGGGGAUGAUGGCUCUGUGCAGAUAGCUGACUUUGGUGUGAGUUCCUUUCUAGCAACAGGUGGAGACAUGACGAGGAACAAGGUUCGGAAGACGUUUGUGGGGACGCCGUGCUGGAUGGCCCCAGAAGUCAUGGAGCAGGUCCGUGGCUAUGACUUCAAAGCUGACAUCUGGAGUUUUGGGAUAACUGCUAUUGAACUGGCGACUGGGGCAGCACCAUAUCACAAAUACCCACCAAUGAAGGUGCUGAUGCUGACUUUGCAAAACGACCCUCCCUGCCUGGAGACGGGUAUUACAGAUAAGGAAAUGGUGAAGAAGUACGGAAAAUCGUUCAGGAAGAUGCUCUCUCUGUGUUUACAGAAAGAUCCUGAAAAAAGGCCAACUGCUGCUGAGUUGCUGAAGCACAAAUUCUUCACAAAAGCCAAGAACAAUGAGUUCCUACAUGAGAAGCUCCUGUAUAAGGGUCCAACAAUAACAGAGCGAUCUAAAAAGGUGCGUCGUGUGCCUGGCUCAAGCGGGCGUCUCCAUAAAACGGAGGAUGGUGGCUGGGAGUGGAGCGAUGACGAGCUGGAUGAGGAGAGCGAGGAGGGCAAAGCUGCUGUAGCAGCUCUGCGGUCACCAAGAGUGAAGGAUGGGCCCCAGAAUAUGGAGCUUUUCCCACCAGCAGAUGGCUCCAGUGCACAUCUGCAGCCGCCUGGCGUGGCACAUGAGAGAUCUGCGAAUACAGGUCCAACAGGAGAAGACGUGGCACCACAGGCUCCCGCUCAGACAGCGAGCCCUUCACACGGGCCUGCUGUUCAGGAUCCAGCUGCCUCGUCCAGCGUUCCCAUCAGUCUCGUCCUGAGACUGAGGAAUUCCAAGAAGGAGCUCAAUGACAUCAGAUUUGAGUUCAUGCCUGGCAGAGACUCUGCUGAUGGAGUUUCUCAGGAGUUGGUCUCAGCUGGUCUGGUUGAUGGAAGGGACUUAGUCAUUGUUGCUGCCAAUUUGCAAAAGAUUGUUGAUGAUCCACACAGUAACAAAAAUGUGACCUUUAAACUGGCGUCUGGAGUGGAAGAGUCUGAAAUUCCCGAUGAUAUUAAACUCAUUGGAUUUGCGCAGCUCAGUAUCAGUUAAGUCUAACCAGAGCCAGAUACAAAGGACAGAAAUAAAUGGUAUGGCACAGCUGCAUUGUAGUCAAUUCCAAAAACCACUUCUGCCAAAGGGAGGAGGGGGAGGAAAUGAUGAAGAGAAGGAGGCAUAAGCCUGGUAGGAGUGUAACACUACUGCAGCAUGCAUGAGGACCACAUUGAGGGGGUUCAGUUCAUCACAGGAGUCACACUUGAAAAGUUUACAGUGCGCUUAUACGAGGGGGAAGAGAUGCAAUCAGAUAUCAGUUCCUAAUUUCUUUGUUUCCAUUCUUUGUCUUCAUACACAAGCACAAUCCAAGCCGUCUCCUGCCAGUACUGGAAACGAUUGCCUUUUAUUGUUUUAUAAAAAACAAACAAACAAUUAACUGUGCCACAAAACUCUGAAGUGUCGUGCCACCUUUGUGUGGCACUUUAUGAUACAUUGAAAUUAAAAAUCAAGUUCAGCCUUAGUUACUUUAGACUUUACCAGUGUAACUGGUGGAAGUUUGUGUACUCUGUGUAUUUCACAUGUACGCCUAAGAAAAUCCCCGUAAUAUCGAUACAGAUAUCUGUCGUAGCAUAGGGUUUUGUUUUUUUUUUUGUUUGUUUUUGAAAGUCCAUAAAUUCCGUUGAACUUUUACCUGUUAUGUCAAAAAGGGUCCAGCAGUGUGAUCAGUUCUUUCCUCCGCAGUAUCUGUGGUGGUUUUGUCAAAACGUAACCAAGGAUUUUAAGCUCUAACUGCACUGCUUAAAUCAGCUGUAGCCCCUCUGUCCCACACCACCUCUCACAGUACCACACUCGGUCAGUUGGCAUUUAUCCCAGGGUAUUAAAGACACAUUGUUUUCACAGGUUGAGGGAAUGCCUGAUGUUCUUGUACUAUGCAAUAGCUGUUUUCUUUUUUCACGGUAUGUGGUCACUGGUUACUAAUCAUUUCAUUUAUGUUGGAUACAUUUUCGUUCUUUUUUUCGUACCUCAUAAGGAGUUCAUAACGAGUCAACCAGCCAAACUGACAUCGCUAAGAGCCCAUUGUAAGAUUUAACAUAUCCACAGACACGGGUAAUGACUGCUUUGUUUUUUUUAUUUCCCUUUAAGAUAUCAUCGAAUCUCACAGUAGCUGAUUUAACAGCUCUUACAAAUCCCAGAUGCUGGUUUUGAGUGCUGAUGAACUUCUGUAAAGGUGCGCAUACUCAAAAAGUGAACAUCUUCCAAAGUGAAAUACAGCUUAGAAGGGGAAGAAAGCUAGCCAUUCAGAUAGCUAUUGGCUUAUUUGCCUCCACCCCAGUACAAUGGAGAUGAAUGGGAUUCUGCUUUCAAGCACUGAUUGAUGGCAUUGCUGCUUCAUCAGUGGCUGGCAUGAAAUUUACUACAUGUAUAUUCUUAUAUAUUCUGUACACACUCGUGGUCCUCAAAGUUUUUAUUUUCUUGGUCAAAUGUUUUGGCAUCAUCUCGAUUGGCACGAGAGUUUACAAAGCAGCUGCUUGGCAUUCUUGUUUUGUUUAAAUGAUCUCAGACCACUAUUACAUUGGAUUGUCACUAAAUUUGGCACAGGUAUUAAGGACUCCUUGGCCGCUCUGCUCCUGGUCUUUUCCUCUUGUUUCAUUAUCUGGUCCAAGUUUCAGUUUGUCUGGUACUUAAUGUUUUAACACGAACACUCAUCACAAACACACUGAGAAGGUGAGCAUGGUUGAUACACUUGUUAAAAACAUGUUAGAAUGUGGGAUAAAGGUGUCACCAUAAUACUGGUAAUGUUUUAAUAAUACACAAUUGUGAUGUAAAUAAUUGCAGCUUUGCUCAGUUAUUUUGCAGAUUCUUUAUACUUCCCUACACUCGUAUUUUGAGUCUUACUCAUUUGCCAAAACACAAUAAAUCAAUGACAGCAUUAUCUUGGUUUGUUUUUGGUUUUUGGUUUUUUCCCCAAAAUUCUUUGGCCAGCGUGUUUAUUGUUACAGCCUUGCUAGCUGUGAGCAUGACUUGAAUUGAACAAACUUCACUAAGUCACUCGUGUUUAGGGGCAGCAGGAAUACGGACAAAUUUUAUCAAAAGCUCUACAAAAAAACCAAAAAACAAACCAAAAAACCUGACCGCCACCAAAAAUAUUCCCAACACUGGAUAUAGCAACCUUUUAAAAAAUCAUUGGAAACUUUUGUCGUCACUGGGCAAGUUGUUUCUGUACUGUAGUGUCUUUGCUUUAUGAACACCAAGUCACUCAUUACUCCCAGUGUAGCUCUGUGGUGGUUUUGUACCAUGUGCAGAGGGCUGUGACACAGCUCUUAGUGCAAGGACUGAUGUAAAUGGUGUAUGUUAACAUUUUGUAACUGUACAUAUGAUGGCAACUUCACGCACUGUCGCACAAACAUGAGGUUUGUAUGUAAUGAUGUCGUUGCAUUGAUUGUUGAAGUGUAUAUGUCAGAUUAAAGGAACAUAUUACUUGUAAAUAUUGAUUAAAGGCAAACAGAUUGAGACUCAUCAUGUUCAGUACGCAGAAUUCAGUUUGUUUUGUAGUGUUUUCCACUGUUGGCCUUUGCCGGAGCAUCACUAAUCAUGUGUGGAUUAUUCCAUUGGUUCAUAUGUUAACAUGCAGAUUUUUUUAAAAUUACAUUGGGCUUGAAAUCACACUCUGCUUUGAUGUCAUGAUAUGUAGUGUUUCCUCACGGAAGCCAGUUACAGGCUGAUUGAUAGAUAAUUUUAACUAGACGAUGAGUGGCACAGGUUACCCUUCCCUCUGUUUGUAUGUGUGAUUUGGUCAUUAAAUGGUUGCUUAUCAAAGACUUUCUAAACAUCUUCCUUAUAGUUUACUUUAAAAAAAAGUCAUUCUGCCUCUUAUGAGGCCACUUGAUGAUUAGUAUUAUUUUUAAUCAAUUGAUUGGCAAGUACGUAUGAACUUCUUGUUUUACAGAUCAAUACCUAUAUUUUUAAAAAAAAUAUACGCUUAAUCAUAAAAUGUGUACAUCCACCCAUGCUUAGUUUGAAGAGUAUUUGUGAUGAGAUGCAAUGGUGAUUUACCAGUUUGAUACAUUGUCAGUAAAAUUUCAGCACAUGCAAGCUGAUUGUUGUUUUUGUUUUGUUUUUGUUUUUUAUUUUAUUUUAGUUGUUGAAUAAAGUCACAUGAUGGUAUUCAA